AUGCAAGAGGUUUGUAAUUGCAAGGAGACUGGCAAUGGUCAUUAAGUACAGGUUUGUUCGGCAAUAAAUUAAUACACGAAUAUGAAAGCGAUCUUCGCAGUAAUGUACACUACUUAAGCAGUGAAAAUGAGGCCUGAAAAAAUUUAGGCCUUCACGGGAUUUGAACCCAUGACCUCGGCGAUAUCGUUGCAGUGAUACAGUUUGGGCUUAAGAAUACUUAAAGAUUAUCAUAAAAGUCAAGGUCUCACUUUUAAAAGAGAAAGGACAGGGCAGUCUUUACUCAGACUAGAUCCCACUGGGGUUCUUCAAAGAUGGCUUAACUCGAUCCGCCGCGGCCGAAUUUACUCUGUGCCAUGUUCUCGAGCCCUCUGGCAUAUAGAUAAAAAGAAAUUUAUAAACUCUAAGGCACAAAUACUAACCCUUGAAAAUACAAAAAAGAAGCAAUAA